GCGCUGAUCUGGGGCUGCGGCGACGGCCCAUGAGCCCGCCAACCCAAUCGACGGCCGCCUCCUUCCCAUCCAGGCCGCAUCCAGCAUCUAUGUCGCAUCCAGCAUCUAUGUCGCAGCAGCCUCUGGCAUCCUGAGCCGCAUUGCCAAGAACGAGUCUUUGCUCUCGGUCGGCAGAUUCGGGGGCGAAGCACCACAGCCCAAAGCCAGCACCCCUCGCCUCCUCGCGUUCGUUCGCUCCUUCGCUCGCUCGUUUGCUAGCUUGCUCCAUCGCAUCAGCAUCGACGACAUCUGCCACCAGCAGCACUCUGGCAUCGCCCAUCUCGCCCCUGAACAUUUUCCUCGGCUGCGUUCCGCAUGUCAGCCAAACGCCCCCUUGAAGAACAUCCUUCGGACAGCAGCUCGUCCUCUGACAAGAUGGCCAGACUUGGCGAUCCUGGUCCGCACUCAGACGCUGCGACCGAUCGGCAGGACAGCGCCAUAUCGACCUCUACCGGCCGUAUCUGUGCUGCCCUCGCCAGCCAUGACAUCCUCACGAUCCUUGUCUGCAACGAAUCCUUCCUGACAGCCCUCGAUGCGACGACCCUGGUCAAGCUCCCGGAGCUGGCUCCUCAAUACAAGGACAUCCUCUCGCUUCUUUCCAAGGAUGGAUGGGUCCGCUUUAUCUGCUCCAAAGCCGCCGCCGCGCCUGACUGCGGCAUGCAUGCCGUGCUCCAGAAUCUCGGCGAAUCUAUUGAUCCCAUGGACGUCCUCCGAGGGAUCGUCUACUUUCUCACUCGUGUGAAAGGAUACCCCCGCAGCUUCGAGGCAUACCAGAAUGAACUGCCGCUGUGGUGGGCAGCAGCAUCCUCGUCUUCGCUGUGCGAUGUACUCGUUGACGGGCUCAGGCUCAAAUGCCCCUACAACAAGGAUCUUAGCGACGAACAGCUCUGCGGCAACAGCUCCGCCCACCCAGUGUGGCAGUUCCGGGCGCUUGACAGCUCCCGCAUACUCUACUACCAUGUCUCCACCCCGUGCUCAGGCGACUACGAUUGCGAGGGAGGUUGCGAUGUGCUAUGCGUCGCCCGAUUCGCUCAUCAUCCAUUCCAUACUGCCGAGCAGGUAUCCAACCUCCUUCCGCACGAGAAGUACGCCCUCUACACGCGGCCGCUGGGCUAUCUUUCUCUCUUCAACUGCUCAUUUAUGACGAUAUCCGGCUGGCCUGAUUGGCUCGACCAUGUGUCGCAUCUCUCCUUCGACUGCGACUCGAAUUUCUUCGACACAAUCACAAGCCUGGAUGGGUUCCCGUUGAUGUCGCAGCUAGAAAACCUGACUGUGUCAAGGAACGUCCCCACCCUCAAAGGCCUCCCAAGCGAGCUGAACUCGUUGAGCGAGCUGGAUUUGUCCCAGUGCCGGAGCCUUGCCAAUCUCGAAGGACUUGGCAGCGUCCGCGACCUCACCAAGCUGACGCUACCCGAAUCCAUCCUCACUCUGGAAGGGCUGCCUCCAUAUCUGUCGAACCUUUCCCAGUUGGAUUUGACCCGCUGCGAAAAUCUGGUUCACCUCAAGGGAUUUACAGAACCGCGCUACUUGCAGGUCCUGCAGCUUCCCAAGGGCCUUCGCAGCCUCGAGGGAAUGCCACCGUGCAUCAAACCCCUGCAAGACCUCGACCUCUCUGCAUGCGUUGCCCUCCGUACUUUGGAUGGUCUGUCGCAGCUGCCGUAUAUCCGAAAACUGCUCCUCCCUCCACUCCUCGAAAGCCUUGAUAUCGUCUACCGGUACAUUGAUCGCUUAUCGACGCUGGAUAUGCGCCCUUGCAAACUGAUUACGUCGCUCGGGCAGUGUCCGUCCAUGAAGAGCAUGUACACGUUGCACCUCCCUCCCUCUAUCGAGUCCCUGGAGGGGCUGCCCACCCAACUCGGGUCCCUCAGCAACCUCGAUAUGUGGACAUGCGACCGCUUGAACUCUCUCAAGGGACUGCCACCAACUCCGAGGCUGUCGCGUCUCAAGCUGCCCCGGCCAAACGGCACUGCAAGAAGUCUAUCGGACUGGAUUGCCUGGCUGCGAGAGUCGCCUCAGUGGCAACAUCAUGUCGACCCGGAUGGUCACUUGGUUUCGGUCCUACCAAAGGUGAAUGAGUUGUGGACACCGCUCUCCUUGGGGGCAAUCGAAGCUCUCUCGGAAACCUUCCUGUCGGUCCGGCGUCUCCACUUGGCCCUGGAUGAGUCUACAAGCCGCCUGGCGCUUCUGCCGCCGAUGCCUUUGGCGAGCUGUGUUUUUCUCCAUGGUCCAAUGCGCAAUCUCAUGCAGCUGGCAAGGGGCGCCAGGGCCCUCAACAUGAUCGAACUUCGCUGCUGGUAUCGUGGAACAUUCGUCGGUUUCGAGCACGAGCUGCUCCAGCUGCCGUGGCCCAUUCUCUAUCUCUGCAAAGAACUGAUGAACAACGGUCGAGUUCCGGUCGUUGCGGUCGCCUCCAUGGCCGAUCCGGGCCAGAGCAGCCAGCUCGAUGAGCCGCAGCAAUUCCCAGCCGACGAUCAAAUCCUGGACCUUGCUGAUGACACAGAACCGAUCAACAUCCUCAUGCCCCCAAACAUUGAUUCGCUUGAGGGCAUGCCUCCCAUGAUCGACUUCAUCCGGUGCUUGAACCUUCAAAACGCUCAAGUCAAGUCGCUCCAAGGCAUGCCAGCCAUGGAAUCGCUUGAGACGCUACAGCUUGAAGUGGGCGCCACGGAUUUGCAAGGAAUGCCUCCAGUGCUGCCGUCUCUCACGACAUUCAACAUACGCAACUGUGAGCAACUGACCGCACUCAGAGGGAUGUCUGCGAUGCGCAAGCUGACUCGGCUGUCGCUGCCCAAGUCGAUCUCCACCUUGGACGGAAUACCCAGGGACAUGGAGAGCCUCGAGGAGAUCGAUAUGAGCGUCUGUGGCAAGUUGAAGACACUCGAGGGCCUCCCAAUCCUACCCCGGCUCAAGAAGCUGGUCUUGCCGUCCAGCCUCAAAAUUCUGGGCAUUCCAGAUGCCCACAUCCGCUCCAUCACCGAGCUGGAUGCGUCCAGAUGUCCGAAGCUUGAGGUUCCCACCUUGGCCCAUGAGGAUGUCCCCAAUCCUGCCAUCGACAAUGCCGUUACUGUUUGAUGAGCACCGGGACUUGGCUCGACAGUUAAAAUGCGAUUCUCGCAGCCAUGGCUACCACCGCCCAUCGACGCAACCGCCACUUUCCUCCCUCAUAAGAGUGAGGUCAAGACUACUGUUGUAAAGCACUUUGUAUAUGUAGGCGUCGUGGUCUCACAAGAGAAAGCAAAGGAAAGAGAAAAUAGAGAAAA